AUGACGCUUGAAGACCCAGAGUUACAACAUAAGGCUUCCGAGAUCUUGAACGAGCUGGACAAUGAACAAGAUGAGUUCAACAGUUUGCCCAACAACGCCAAGGUGGAGAGAUUGAAUAAUCUCAUCAAAAAGUCCCAAAUUUAUUCUCAGAUCAUUGCUGAUAAGAUUCUUCAGAAGCAGAUUCAACAGAAGGAUAAUGGAAGUCCCACUAAGAAACGGCAGAAACGCAAUGGAAAUGUGUUGGAGAUGUUGACCAGCAAACAAAGUAGUCGUCAACCUAAGCUCGUGAAGGGAACAAUGAAACCUUAUCAGUUGGAGGGAUUAAACUGGUUAAUCAGGCUUUAUGAAAAUGGUCUUAACGGGAUUUUGGCAGACGAAAUGGGGUUGGGGAAAACACUUCAGUGUAUUUCUUUCAUAAGUUUUUUGAUUGAACAAGGUAUAACUGGACCUUAUUUGAUUGUUGCUCCUCUUUCAACCAUUUCCAAUUGGUAUAGUGAGCUCAAGAGAUUUACUCCAAGCUUGCAGGUUUUACAAUAUAUUGGAACCAAGGAUUCUAGAAAGAUCAUGGGAUUUGAAGGAUUUAAUAUUGUUCUUACGUCUUAUGAGUUAUCUAUAAAAGACUUCUCCAAGUUGGCUAAGUGUAAUUGGAAGUUUUUGAUUAUUGAUGAAGGUCAUAGACUCAAAAACAUGGAUUGCUUGCUUAUUAAGAUUCUUAAGAAAUUGGAUGUUGCAAAUCGGCUUUUGAUCACAGGGACUCCACUUCAAAACAACUUGAAUGAACUUUGGUCUUUGUUGAACUUCAUCUUACCAGAUAUCUUUCAUGAUUUAAAAUUGUUUCAACAGUGGUUCAAUUUUGAUGAAAUUGAAAAUAUCCAAUCUGUUAAAGACGAAGAAAUAAAGCAGUUCAUUGAAAAGAACUUCAAGAAGAAUUUGAUAAAGAAUUUGCAUACCAUCUUGUCUCCAUUUAUAUUGAGAAGACUCAAAAAAGACGUGUUGAACUUACCUCCUAAAAAGGAGUACUUGAUUCAUAUUGAGUUGACCGACUAUCAGAAGAGAUUGUACUUGAGUGCAUUGAAUAACGACCUUUACAAUGGGAUCUUCGAAUUAUACAAGUACGAAUACGAAAAAUUCAACCUUAGCAGAAGAGAUCCCAAAAAGUAUGGAAAAGAGCUUGACGACGCUAUUAAAAGUCAAUUGAAGAGCUUAAAAUUACAAAACCUUGUGAUGCAAUUACGUAACAUUUGCAACUCCCCAUACAUUUACUAUGAGCCUUUUCCUGUGGAAAAGAACUUGACGAAAUACGACUCUCUGCCAAGAGAUAAAGAAGAUAGGUUCAUUGAACUACUUAUAAAGAACUCCUCCAAGUUCACUAUCAUUGACCAAUUGAUAGACAAACUUGAAGGACAUAAAAUAUUGAUUUUUUCUCAGUUUACGAGAACAUUAGACCUUUUAUCUGAUUAUUUCCGUUAUAAGGGGAUUGAAACGUGCCGUUUUGACGGGUCUACUGCCCACGUCGAUAGAGACAAAGAAAUCAAAAAGUUCAAAACUACCGCAAGUCAAGUAUUUUUGCUCAGUACCAGAUCAGGUGGGUUGGGAAUUAAUUUAAUAGAUGCCGAUACUGUGAUAUUGUUUGAUAAUGAUUGGAACCCUCAAGUUGAUAUCCAGGCCAUCGAUAGAAGUCACAGAAUUGGCCAAGACAAACCCGUCAAGAUCUUCAGGUUUUUAGUGAAAAAUCUGAUUGAAGAGUUGUUGAUUAUAAAGAACUACAGUAAGCGGUUUUUAGAGAGGUUGGUUAUUCAGAUAGGAAGUAAGAAUUUCGAUCGGUUGGCUGACUUUGAGGUUGAGUUUAGUAAUUUGGUCAAGCUUUCCCAGCAGUUCGGUAUGAGCAUAGAAGGGUUUGAGUUUGAUAUUAAUAAUGGACUGGGAUGUCCUCUACUUACAGAAGAAGAACUCGAUGAAUUAACUGAUAGAAGCGACGAAUGUUUUAAAAACACUGGCAGGUGGGAUAACAUAUCUGUAUUCGAAAGUGUUAGCAAGCUAGACGAACAGUCCACAUAA